AUGAUGACACCGCAGAGGGGCUCCGUGGCCGCUUCCGCAGCCUCGUCCCGAUCCCAAACGCCAGCCGGUCAUCGUCGGUCUGCACACAUUGCGACCGACUUUUCGUCGCCGCAUUCACCGCUUCGCAACGUGUCGAUCGAUUCGGACCCGUACUCUCGGCAAGCAGCUGUUGCGAGCCUGCAGACGCACAAGCUGCACCUCGUGCUGUCCGAGAUCACCUCUGUCGCCUCCGCCCUGCGCAAAGCGACUCGCUGGAAUGCGUCCACGUCGGCUGCACUUGCUCGACUCACGUCUUACAGCUACUCGACCGCUCAAGUCCCUCCGACCGUCACCGCACAGCAGGCGCCAACCGCUCAAGGCAAUCUCGAGCAAGAUGUCGCAUCACCCCGCGCCGCAUCCAGUGCUCGCAUCGCCUUGAGGGGCAUGCAGCGGGAGGCUACCAACGAUACGGACUCCAGCUCGUCAGCCGCUGCAACUAGAUUGGGUCUGUCCCUGGGCAUCACCGCCAAGUCGGAUGAUCCCGUCCGGCUGCUGGUCGGCUUCGCGACGCUCAAGGCUCAACUGCGCACUUGCACCAACUUUUCCACCUUCCCGCUUCCGGCGCUAUUGGCACCCUUCCUCCGGGUCGUUCUUUCUCCUCGCACUUCGGCUCCUGUCACCUCCGCCGCACUGCAGGCUGUGCACAAGUUUCUCGUCCACGGCGUCGUCUCCUUGUCAGCACCUGAUGCCAGGAUCGCUGUAGCGGAGAUCGCACACGCGACCAGCCACUGUCGCUUCGAAGCCUCGGAAGCCACUACGGACGAGCUGGUGCUGGUCCGCAUCCUCUCGGUGAUGCGCGAGAUCAUCUGCGAGCCGAUCGAGCCUGGUUCUGCCGGCUUCGUACAGACCUCUGACCCCUCAAGGCAGAUCCGCACGCUUGCCGACUGCCUCGGCGACGACAGCAUCUGUGAGAUGAUGGAGACCGGCUUGUCGAUGUGUUGCCAGACCCGCCUCUCUGAUGUCUUGCGCCGCACUGCAGAGCUGUCAAUGACUGCGAUGGUCCGCACUCUGUUCAGCCGUCUCUCGCUCGUUCCUCCGUCCGCAGACGAGUUCUUUGCUGCCGGUGCAGACGGCGCAGCAGCGGAACCGGAACAUGCGACGCUGGCAGCCGAACCCAUUGGCGAGGAUGCCGACCUCGACGAGAAGAAGCGCCGCAGGAUGACAAUGCCCGAUCCCACCAGCAACGUCUUCCCUGCUGCUGCAGCGCAGGUACUGGAGCAGCUUCGCGAGAUGGGCGAAGAAGAGGACAAGGAGGAAGCAGCAGCAGCCGCGGUCUCUGAGAAGGCAACCGACGCCGCUCAAACAGACUUGCAAGACGAAAAGGCUUCCUCGACAGGCGCUGCGGGCGCAGAUGAGGCACAGCUUCCCACUGGAAGUGACAUCCUGGUAGAUGAUGCUGCGCCAGAUGCAGGAACCGAGGCACCUGCACCGACGUCGAUUCAAAUAGAGCCAUUCGGACUUCCAGCCAUCCUCGAGGUGUGUCGCGUCAUCAUCUCGCUACUCGAUCCCGACAGUCUCCAGCACACCAACACCAUGCGCAGGCUCGGCAUGUCGAUGCUGAUCUCGAUCCUCGAGACUGCUGGCCGCUCCAUCGGCGACUUCCCCUCCUUGCGUGCUCUCAUGCAGGACACCGCCUGCAAGCAUCUUUUCACGCUGGCUCGCAGUGAGGACCCCAUUCCGCUGUCGCUCAGCCUGCGCGCACUAUCCACGAUGUUCGAGACCAUGCGCGAGCACCUCAAGCUGCAGCACGAGCUCUUCCUCAACUACCUGAUGGACCGCCUCGCUCCCACAUUCCCGCUUCCGCUCGAGCCUUGGAGCGACAGGGCAUUCGAUAGCCUCGUCAAGCGUGCUAAUGCUGCCGAAGCUGUUGCACGCUCAGGCGUUCCCGCCUUCCACGCUGCAGCUGUGCAAGUGCAGCCACCACCACCUUCAGCGCCGCCGGCGCCUCCGCUGCCAAAGGGUUCGGAUCGUGCUCCUGCCACCGGAGAGGCUCGCGAGCUCUAUCUCGAGACCUUUGCGCUCCUCUUCCGCAACUUCGACUCGGAGCGCUCCGCCGAGUAUCUCGUCGACCUCUACGUCAACUACGAUUGCUACACGGACUGCGAGAACAUGUUCGAGCGCGUGCUGCUGUUCUUGUGCCGGAGCAUCCAUGCCGCCAACCCGCAAAGCCCGUCACAGCAGGAUCCUGUACAGAUGUUCGCUCUCGAUGCCCUGCUCUCCUUCAUCGCAGCCAUCGCAGACCGCAACGAAACGUCGCAAGUUGGCGCUGCGGGACAAAAUGUCGUCCUUCCCGGCGGUAUGUCUUCACAAGCUCUGGCAGCCCAGAAGGCGAAGAAGGCUACAAUCCUGGACGGUGCGAGCCGUUUCAAUGCCAAGCCCAAGGACGGCUUGGCCUUCCUCGAGAAGGAAGGUUUGCUCGAUUACGGCGAUGACAGCCUUUCAAGAGAAGAGCGCAUCGCUCGAUUCCUGAAGGAGUGUCCUCGUCUCGACAAGAAGCUCGUCGGCGACUACAUUGGGCGCCCCGACAACAUUAAAGUGCUCGAAGCUUUCGUGGGAUUGUUCGACUUCAAGGACAAGCCCAUCGCCGAGGCGUUGCGCGAGAUGCUGGAGAGCUUCCGUCUGCCUGGUGAAUCACAGCAGAUCGAGCGCAUCACGCAAACUUUUGCUUCGACCUACUUCUCAGCCAAGCACGAGGGCAUCGCUACUGAAGACGCCGUCUUCAUCCUCGCCUACUCGGUCAUCAUGCUCAAUACGGAUCAGCACAACCCGCAGAACAAGCGUCGCAUGACAGUGGAAGACUACCGUAAGAACCUCCGCGGCGUCAAUGGUGGCGAGGACUUUGCUCCUGAGCUCACCGGUGCCAUCUACGAGAGCAUCCGCAAGCGCGAAAUCGUCAUGCCCGAAGAGCACGCUGGCCAGCUCGGCUUCGAGUACGCUUGGAAGGAACUGCUGAGACGCUCGCGCACCGCUGGCACCCUGGUCGCCAGCAACACCACCGCCUUCGAUCGCGACAUGUUCCGUGCGAGCUGGAAACCCAUUCUCUCGAGCGUCGCCUUUGCCUUUUCUACCUUCACCGACGAGUACCUUGUGGAGCGAGCCAUCUCGGGCAUCCGUCAGUGUGCGAUCCUCGCGUCAGGAUACGGUCUCAUCGAAGUCUUUGACUUUAUGGUGCACACGUUGGCUAGCGCCACAUGCCUGCUGGACAGCUCAGUACCCCAGACGUUGACGAGCAACCCGACAGUCGAGGUGGAGAACCAGCAGGUCACCGUCAGCCCGCUCUCGACUCGCUUCGGUGUCAACUUCAAGGGUCAAUUGGCGGCCGUCGUCCUGUUCACCAUCGCCAACGACAACGUCGAUGCCAUUCGCACGGGCUGGUCCGACUUGUUCGAGAUCUUCAAGAAUCUCUUUGCUCACGGCAUGCUGCCGGCGUCUAUGGUGCAGAUGGAGGACCUUGCCGAUGGACCCGUCCCGAUCCCGACCAAGGCAAAGAAGGCGCCCGGUCCUUCGCCGCAGGAUUUACGCGCGCAGGGAGGCGGACUCUUCAGCACGCUCUCGUCGUACCUGCUGUCCCCGAACUCGAACACUAACGAGCCUGCACCGUACGAAGCUACACCGGAAGACAUCGAGGCCACCUUAAGCUCCGUAGACUGCAUCGCAUCCUGCCGGCUCGAGGAUCUAUGGACUCAGGUGCUCCGUCUGGGACCCGAGUCGCAUCUGUGCGCCGUCCACUAUCUUCGCUUCUUGCUCGAAGCGCUCACGGUCGAGAAGGUGCUGUACCGCGAGUCGAUGACCGCUGGCAACACGGAUGGAACCUCGACGCCCAACAGCACCAACCACGGUGGCGACUCCGCCGCCAACGGAAAGGACUCGAGCAAGCCGCACGGAGCUUCCGCUUCCUUGGGCGGGUCCAAGUCGCACGAUCUGCUGGCCGGAAGCUUGCCGCUGAGCUACGAUCCACGUGCCUCCUUCCUUCUCGAGCUCUUGAUCCAGAUCGUCGCUUCCUCGCCUCAAAUGCUCGUCAACGAGACGUGGCCGUGGAUUAUGGACCACAUCACCGCCGUGAUCCGCAACGCCAAGGCGUACCAUCCCAUGACGGUCGAGCGGGAAGUCGCGACCCUGUUGCGUGUGCUCAACCUCGGGGCAGGAGAAGAAUCCCUUCGCGAUCAGGUCUUCAUCGCGUUGGACCUGCUGCGCGAUUUGCCGGUGGAGAUCCGCAUCUCGGGAUCCAAGCAGCUGCUCGCUGGACUCAUGCGCAUUCUCGCCACGCAUCCGCACUUGGUCCGAUCGCACACGGAGUGGGGACUCGUCUUUGCGCUCAUUGCGGACAGCGCCAACACGCGCAAUGCUGAUUCGGCGCAUUUGGCCUUCGAGGCGGUCAGAGCAUCCGUGGUGGAUUCUGCAUCGCAAGACAAUGGGUCGAAAUUGUCGCAAGACAACUUCCUGCCUGUCGUGUCGCAGCUGGUCGACUUUGCUCACGGAGCCGACACUACGGCGUGGCGUAACUCGAUCAUGCGCGAAUCCUCGCAACGCCGUGCCACGCUGACGGAGAAGAAGGAGAUGGCCGAAGCUGAAAAGGUACAACAGGAGCGGGGCGUGCCAGCAGUGGAGCUGCUCGAGUCGCUCAAAGGCGAGAUCCCGCGUCUGAUCUCUGCCGAGACUAGCGCUGGCUCGAUCGAUGAGGUGUGGAGCAAGUACUGGCUGGCUCUGCUGACCGGACUCGCGCGGCAGUGGAUCAACCCGUACCCUCCCGUCCGUUUCGCCGCCGUGACGCUCCUACAGCGAGCGCUGUUCUCCCCUGAGCUCGUGUCCAGCACCCACACGGCACCGUCCAGCACAUCGCUCAUCCGCGUCGUCUUCUCAGCAACGCUCUUCCCGCUCAUCGAAGACCUGCUCAAGCCGCAGGUCUACCAGAUCGACCCGCCCUCGGCAGCCAACAAGAACGGCGGGAUGCUCGAGAUCCGCAUCCGGGCGUCCGCCUUGAUAUGCAAGACGUUCCUGCACCUCAUGCCGUCCCUCUCUUCGGGAGGUGACGAGUUCCAGCGUCUCUGGUUGGACGUGCUCGAUCUCAUGGAUCGCAUGAUCAACUCUACGGGUGGCAAUGCGGGGCGGCGCAACCCGCUCACAGAGGCGAUACCGGAGAACCUCAAGAACGUGCUUCUCGUCAUGGCCACGUCCCAGCUGCUCUCGCCGACUGAGGAGGGCGUGCAGAAGCAGCUGUUCGAUCUCACGCACGAUAGAUUGCAGCGGUUCCUGCCGGGGUUGGUGGAGGAGGUGUUUGCGCUGUCGGCACCGCAGGAGACAGCAGCGGAAGAACAGGUGGAGUCGAAGAAGUCCAGGGAAUCGCAGCCAGAGUCGGCGGAAUGA